GUGACCCGAGAGUCUCUUUUUUAAAAUCUAUUUCUUAAUUUGUGUUUCCGGGCGAGUGGUGUAUUUCCAUUUAUGGGGCCUGGCUUCCUCCAACUCUGCAUUUAGGAGGCAUGAGGUACCGCCCCUUGGACAAGACUUUAGCAGUGGGUCGACAGAAACUCUCUCUCUCUCUGUGUCAGUCAGAGAGUGGCUUGUUUCAGGUUAGUUUAGAAAGUGGAGGGAGUGGGAAAGAGAGGAGAGACACACACACUGGCAAUGAAGGUGUGUGCUUGUUUAAAAUGAGUGUUUAUUAUAAGUCAGACGAGGAAGAUGAUGUUGCUGCAGUGGUUGCCGAGCCUGAGCCGCAUGUGCUUGAAGUUCUGGUGGAAAAGCCUGGGAGAGAAGCUGCUAAUGUCGAGUGCAAUGGGACCUCAGGCACAGGGCGCAGAGUGGUGCCCAGAAAACACCCCACUAUUACUUCUUGCUGUCAUUCUGACAGAGUCAGAGAUUCAGCUGAGGGAGAGACUCCAGCAACAGAGAAGAAGCCCAAAUGUGUGGGACUUGGACUAUGCUAUACCCUGCUUUCCUGUUUGUUCUUUUCAGUCACUUCUUUCUUGGUGAAGAAGGUUGAUGGCGUUCAUGCUUUGGAAAUUAGUGGCUUUCGAUGUUUGUUUCAGUGGUUAUUCACAUGGCCUGCCAUUAUAUACAACGAAAUAGACUUACUGGGACCAAAGGGCCUGAGAGUUUUACUGGGCGCACGAGGAAUUCUUGGUGCUGUCGCAAUGAUGCUGUUUUUCUAUGCAAUUCAGCAGAUGCCUUUGGCUGAUGCUACUGUCAUCAUGUUUAGUAACCCUGUCUUUGUCAGCAUUUUCGCGUGGAUUUUUCUGAAGGAGCGCUGCUCUUUGUGGGAUCCGAUCUUCACUGUGUUCACCUUAAUCGGGGUGAUCCUUAUUGCCCGGCCCCCGUUCCUUUUCGGCUCCCGGGUUUCAGGACUGGAAAGCGACUCCAAGAAUCGGAUGAGGGGGACCGCCGCCGCCUUUGGGGGCGCGGUCUGUGCAGCCCUGACCCUGACGGUCAUCCGCAAAAUGGGCAAAUCCGUCAGCUAUCUGCUUUCGAUCUGGUACUACUCGGUGACUGGAUUCAUUCUAUCUGUGAUUGUGGUCUCAGUCCUUCAGGAAUGGAGCCUCCCCUUCUGCGGGUUGGAUCGGUUGUUUUUAAUCUUAAUCGGUCUCUGCGGGUUAGGAGGGCAAAUCUUCCUCACCAAAGCCUUGCAGAUUGAGAAGGCUGCGUCCGUGGCCCUGAUGAAGACCAUCGAAGUGAUGAUGGCCUUCCUGUUACAGUAUUUAUUCCUGAGUUACACUCCGAGCUGGUGGAGUUUGGGAGGAGCGCUCUGUGUGAUGCUUGGCACCUCUGGCGUGGCUUUCCAAAAAUGGUACACCACCAUGCACAACAAGACCACGUGCAGUGCUAACUAACUGUGGCCUAAUCUAUUUUGAUGUGGAUCUACGAGCAUCAUUGAAAUGUAAAUGUAAUCGCUACUAGAGCGCUUAACCAGGGUACUCCAAAAAGGACAAGGUUGCUUGGGGAACUCCUUUCUGAAUACUCCAUUACAGACCUAUCCUUGACUGAGAUUUUCUCAGGAUGACACUGCAAUGAAAACAAUUGUUUCAAUUUUGGGUCUUUAAAAUGUUUUUUGCGUAAAUCCAUUAAUGUUUUGGUAAUAUAUUUUAUAAUUCUAACUGAUGAGCAAUUGUGACAAGAAUGUCUAAUCCAUAAUGGUAGAUUUUUAUUUUGCAUUCUGUUUUAAGUUUGGAAAAUUGCUGUCUGUACCUUUUUUCAGAGUUCAUUUAAGCUGCCUUUGACCUUAUUGUGGAUGUUGUCUCAUGGCUCAGUACUAGCUUCACUGCCACUUAAGAGCCUGCGAUCGAGCACCAAUCUCAAGACUGACUUCUAUAUCCUCAGCUGGCCUUUACAGCACAGAGUGUGCUGCAUGUUGGAGGUCGCCUCUCUUCACCUGAAGUGAUUAAUUGAGGCCUUGCCUACCCCCUUUUAUGGCUGUAAAAGAUCUUUCAACACUACUGAAAGGAUAGCAGACAAGUUGUCCUGGUGUCACAGUCAACAUUGAGCUGUAAAAGUGCCUGAAUAUCUGGUUGUUUUUAUUUCAAUGUUGCUUGAGAGAACUGACUUCAAUUCAAAAGUGUGCUGUCGGUUGUAUAAAUCUUUGGGAUGUCUGAAAGGCAUUCUAUAAAUUUUAAGUUAUUUCUCUUAGUAUUCUGAUUUAGCUCUUGAACAAUAGAUGUAUGAUGAUCUGUAAUGAGAAUAGAAUUCUGGAUGUACAUUUGCUCGCUGAGCUGGAAGGUUCAUUUUCAGACAUUUCGUCACCAUAUGAGUUAACAUCUUCAGUGAGCCUCCAUAUGAGGUAACAUUUUCAGUGAGCCUCCUACGAAACCAAGUGUAGAUUAUUUAACUUCCAAAAUGUUUGAUGGAAGUGAUCCUUAAAAAUGAAUCGAACUUCAGAGCUGGGUGAAAAUCAUUACAGCUGAAGGGUAACCACAAUACAGCCAUUCUGCACAUCUGCAACUAUUAUACAUCGUGUAGAAAUGUAUUGAUUAUUAAACCAAUUAUUAAAGUUGCUAGCCUUUUACAACACAUUCCAAACAGUAAACUGCUGGACAUUGUUAAGUUUUCAUUUUCUCUAUGUGAAACACCAAAUAUCACUGUAUGCUAUACUUUAGAGAAAUAAAUAAUCAGGCCAUGGGGACGCACAUAGAAAAGCACGAUUGAAUUUGCAAAGAGUAUUUUGCUACUUUUGGCCAGUCCCUGCAACGCACAUUUUUGUAGCAAAUACAAAAUGCACACAUGUGGAGGGUCAAAUUUUAAUAUAUAAUUAAUUGAAUAUAAUUAAUUUGAAUUAUAUUUAUAAUUAACCUGCAACUUAGUUACUAUUUAUUUAUUUCUUGUGUUAAACAGCCUUAUUUCAUAGUACAUGAAGCAGAACAGUUUGUUUUGUGAAUUGUAAUAAGGGCAAAAAAAACUUGAGUAUUGUGCAAUUAUUUUGUUUUCUUCCUCCACUCCCACAGUUUAAAGCGAGUAGAGAUUUGGAGGUGAUGUUGCUGUUUUGAUGUUUAAUACGUUAGAUCAAAUUCCUCUUCUUUUUUUAAAAAAAAGUGAAUUGUUGGGAAAAAAGACUGUUACUUCUACUUAAACUAGCAGUAAGAGAAAUUUGAGUCUGCCUCAUUGUUGAAUAUUAUCUUUGCUUCCAGUAAUUUCCAGGCUUUGGCCCCCCCUCUCCUAAUGUAGCCUCCUGUAGGCUUAUUAAUUUAGAGACAAAACUAGAUAACCAUCCCCAUUUGUGAGAGAGAAACGGUGCAUGAUGACCCUGAGGAGCAAAGUUCAAGGAUUUGAGUAUUACUAUGGUUUACAGAUAUACAGCUGUACAUUUGACAGUACAAAGUAAUAACACUCUUCCAUUGUCACAGUAUAUGGGAUAAAUAUGAAUGAUUAGUCUACAGGUGGAUUUUGUUUGACUUGAGCUGAUUAGUGUUACAAGUUAAAACUGCUUUUCAACAAAAAUGUUUUUUGUUAGACACACGAAUUGUGAAUUUCACAAGGAUUUUUCUUCAAGUCAGUUUUACAGCUCUCAAGCCACUCCCUUUUUAAUCCUUUGAUCUGUCUAUAAUGUUCCCUCUUCCGUUCCCUGUCACGUAUACCAUAACUGUCUUUCACUGCUGUUGAUUGACCACUGUUUUUUAAUUUGUUUCUGUUGCUUCUGUUUUGCCCG